AUGAAAGAGUAUUUUAAUGAAAGCUUCCUUAAGCAUGGUCACGUGUUAGCUGUGAGGAACGAAACUGGCCACUACGGAACUGAAUUGUUCUCAGAAGUGGCUGAACGAAUCAUCGACACUCACAACAAGUCUGAGCCGCUAUAUUUGUACCUUGCACAGCAAGGCGUUCAUUCAGCUAAUGGACUUGAGCCUUUACAAGCGCCACAAAGACUUCUUGAUAAAUUUCCCCACUUUUCAUCAGAAGAAAGAAGAAUCUACGCUGCUAUGGUGGCUUCGUUAGAUGAAUCGGUUGGAAACAUUACAAAAGCUCUUAAAAGAAGUGGAUUGUAUGACAACUCUGUUCUCGUUUUCACGACAGAUAACGGAGGCGCUCCACGAGGAUUUAACUGGAAUCAAGGUUGCAAUUAUCCAUUCAAAGGAGGCAAAGACACAUUUUGGGAGGGAGGAGUCCGUGGAGUAGGAUUUGUACACAGCAAUUUGAUAAGAAAAAAAGGUCGAGUCAGUUAUGACUUGAUCGACGUCACAGACUGGUUACCAACCUUCUAUCAUCUGGCUGGAGGUGACGUCAGCAAGAUACAAGAAAGGAUCGAUGGCAUGAAUGUGUGGGAAACCAUAGCGCAUGGAAAGAAAUCUCCAAGGACUGAGGUUCUUCACAACAUUGAUCCCAUUCGUAAAUUUGCAGCCAUUCGUGUCGGGAACUACAAGUUGAUUAUUAACCAGGAUGCUGUUUACAAAACAACGUGGCAUCCGCGGUAUGACGUCGAGGGGGAACUGGAUACUCUACCCCAGCCCUCCACUUUACCCGGUGCAGUUAUUAAUUGCGGAAAGUGGUCAAAAAGGAAAGAAACUGUUUGUAACACUGAUGACUUUCCGUGUUUGUUUAACAUAAAGAAAGAUCCUUGCGAGUACAGAAACCUUGCGCACACUCAUAUUGACAUUGUGGACCAACUUCUUCACAAGCUCAUUGAUUACCAAAAAAAGGCCAGUCCCGUGUGGUUCCCUGAGAGGGACCCCCUUGCGAACCCAUCAAAAAACGGGACCAUUGGAUUUUGGGGCCCUUGGAGGUCGUCAACAGCUAACAAAAUUAUUUUAGAUAACGUCCUUGAUUCCAUACCAUCAGUGAGUGGGAAGAAACACUCUCGUCACACAAACGGCAAAAGCAAUGGGAAGAAAAUGGGAAAAGUGUUUAGCACUCACGAAGAUAGUGACAAAGAGGUUUAUCUGAUGCUGGAGAAGAUUCUCCAAAAGACAAAAGAAGGCAAAAAAGGUCAAAUACCUCGAAACAGCAGGCUAAUGAAAGAAUCGUUAGCUAUGUUGUACGCCAAGAUGAGACAAAAGACCAAGGUGGAUGAUUUGAUGCAUAAACUGCAGAUGAUUAAAAAAGGUCGAGUAGCAAGGAGAAAAGAGCAUACUCCUGUAAAACUUGUCAAGGAACAAACUCGCUCUAGCGCCUUGACCAAGAUGAACUCUUCUUUGGAAUCAAGCAAACUGAAAAAGUUCAUGAAUAAAAAUCAACAAACGGUAGACAAAACAGGGACAAGGCGGACAGAGAUUGAGAAAGUUCAUAUUACAGAUGACAACUCUAUAAAUAAUGGAGUUGACAACCCCUUGGAAAUGCGCAGCAAUUCAAGAGAUGAGGACCAAGAUAUGGAUGAGGCGCCUCCUUUGGACACAAGCUCAGGUUUUGAGGAAGUUGAUCAAAAUGAUCUCGAGAAUGGUGAGCUUAUGGCAGAUAACAGUGAAAAUGACAGAAAUUCAUACGCACAAAUAGAGGAUGAAUAUGAUUCUGAGGUGGAAUCUUCGGGUCAGUCCACGGAGACAAACGAUCAAACAUCAGGGGGGAAAUCUGAGAUGGAAUUUCAGGACAGCGAUGGCAUUAGCGAUGACAUGGAUAACGAUAAUGAUAAUGAUAAUGACGAUGAUAAUGACGAUGAUAAUGCUAAUGAUAAUGGUAAUGAUGAUUUUAUCCGGGACAAUAAUAAAAACUCUGACAUUUACCUUUAAUAUAAUUUUUAGAAGCUAAAAAACUUACCUAGAUCAUAACAAACCUGAUAUUAACGAGGUUAUUUGUAUAAGAGUAAUCUAAUAUAUAACAGGGGCUGUUUAGAAGUCAAUAAGGCUACAGAUUGUCAGGAUAGAUUUGGUGUGCCGUAAGGAGAAGAUUAGAAAGUUAUUUUAUCGUAAGAACUGCUUUUUCACUGGUAAUAAACUCAACAGUUUUAAUCGGUCGUAUACCAUUGAUACAGGUAUUCCGAAAUCUCGCUCGCCGUGUGCUGUCUCUAAAUUUAUUACUGUUCACUUUGCUAGCAUUGCGAUGAGUUUGCAAAGCUUGUUCAAAUUUUAGUGCUUCAAAAGGUACUUUCUACGAAAAUUUACGAGUAUUUCAGAGAUAUCAGUCAGAGGCAUAGCGCCUUGAUAAGGCUUUCACUGGUUUCGAGUUUUUGACGUUUAAAAUUGAGAGAUUUUUCUUUCUUUCUCAUUUCCAGUUCCCCAGCCCCCUAUCUUCUACACACGCUGAUUACAUCAGCCUAGACCUCAGGCUUUACUCCAGGGUGGCGAGUGAGAGACACUGUCUUACUAAAACUAGGGAUUCGUACUCCCCCUUGAUCUAGAGUCAAACGCACUAUUCAUUUAGCCGCUCCAGUAGUAACAUGAAGACUGAAUCCAUCAAAGGUAUCACAUAUUAAAUAUAUUUCAUGCGAGGUAAUAAACUAUUAAAUCAGUACUCGGAUGUCGCUCUUCUUUAAUUUUAUUUACGUUACAGAUUAAGCAUACAUUUUGACAUUCGGAUAUCGAUAAAAUCUAACGAUUUCCAAGAAAAAAGAAAAAAAUUGGAGAACUCACUUUUAUAGAAGCUACACAAGUAUGUGAAAGGCCAAUGGGCGUGAUUAUUGAACCAUUUCAUUUGAAACUCAGUUACCACUUUAUACUUUGCGAACAACUAAAGCAAGAUAGUUUUGCAAAACUCUCGAGAUCCUUUGAUACAAAGAUGUCCUUAUCUACCAAAGCAUUGCAUUGGACGCUUUCGUUACUUUACUGCUUGCCCGGGGAAUGUGGCCCUUUUUGCGUUCUUCGUUAACCAUUCGGAGAAUUCCCUUCAGAGUCUGAUAAAAUUUUUUUUCUUCUGCCUCGUAUGUAUUAAAAGAGACCUUUUCUGUUUUUUCAGUUUUCUUAGUCUCACGUGCCGCGCAUUUGCCCUUACAUUUAUGUUUUCUCUCAACUCCUGAAGGUAAGUUAUCAAUAACUUUCUGCAAAAUAGCUUUGUUUUUCUUUGAGGACCUCCAAGGACUCCAAAACCCACAAUGCUUUGCUGGGUCAGCUUUCGUGUCCGUCUCUGGAAACCACACAGGAAGGGCCCUUCUCUGGUAAUAAAUCAGCCUCAAGACCAGACGCCUUACUAUGUCGAUAUGAGUUUUAGCAAUGUUUUUGUACUCGCAAGGGUCUGAAAGAGAAACCAGGAGACGCAUUGAACAAUAUUUUAAAAUUCGAUGACAAAGAAUCGGCGGGAUUGUAAGGUUUUAACAACUCGGCCAACGCAAUUCCAAACUCGUAUUUUCGUUAGGCUUCGUUUUAUAGGUCGUUACCAGGAGGUCGUCACUCAUUUAAUGACUCAUUUAAGGCCUUUGGCUUACAGAGAGGCUGACGGAGUCAUUUAGUCAGCCAAUCAGCCAAUCAGUCAUUCAGUUAGCCAGCCAGUCAGUCAGUCAGUCAGC